AAAUAGUCGCCCUGUGAGCCGUCUGCAGGGUCAAUGGUCUGCCCGGUAAGGAUGCUUUGUUCCUCUGGAGGGCUUUAAAGCUCUUGGAUGUCGCUCUGCUUACCCCUCCCUAGUAACGACCCCGAGGUCUGCGCGCCUCUAAAUUCUGACCCGGCGGGGAGAGGGAUCCGGGAGAGGCCAAGUGCACAGCCUGUGCUCUCCCCUCUAGCCAGGGCUGAGGCAGAGCCUGCUACUGAAGGCAUCUGACUCAGGCCACGCUCCCACCCACUAUGCCGCACCCCUCCUGCUCUCCUGCCCCCUGAGGAGUAGGGGAAGGGGCCUCUGGCUAGGAGGAGGGUGUGGUGGUGGUGAGCUGGCGAGGGUGCCCAGGUGCCUCCUGGCUCCCCCACUGGGGGCCGGCAAUUAGGAAGGAGGAGGACCACCAGCCCUGAUGGUCAUUUACCCAAUUGUGCUUUGUGGGAUAUUCAACCCAAGGAAUGUGGCGCCCCUGGCCGAGCGCAAGAGGAAACCCAAGUUCUCCAAGGAGGAGCUGGACAUUCUGGUCACGGAGGUGACCCACCAUGAAGCGGUUCUCUUUGGGAGGGAGACCAUGCGGCUGUCCCAUGCCGACAGGGACAAGAUUUGGGAAGGCAUAGCUCGGAAAAUCACCUCCGUCAGCCAGGUCCCCCGCUCCGUCAAGGACAUUAAGCACAGAUGGGAUGACAUGAAAAGGAGGACCAAGGACAAGCUGGCCUUCAUGCAGCAGUCCCUGUCGGGCCCCGGGGCUGGGGGCCGGGCCCCCACCAUCGUGCUCACUGCCCACGAGAGGGCCAUCGAGUCAACCCUGCUCACAGCCCAUUCGGGGCACAGCUUCCCCAGGGCAGAACUGGAUGGCACCGACAGCCCGUCAACCAGCUAUGAUGAAGAUGAGGAAGCCCCCGGGCCCUCGAGGCAGCCUCUGCGGGCGUCCCUGCAGCGGUCCGCGGAGGAAGAGGCCCGCCUGGCCAGGCCCACCCUGCUCCGCUCCUCCUCCUCCUCGGACCAGUCUGAGAUGGUGGGUCCCAAGCCGGAGGCCCCGCCUCGGCCCUCACCCCAGGCCCAGGCCGCCUGCAGGACCCCUCGGCCACACCUCAGCCCGCCCAGCACAGGCCUUGACUGGCAGCUCCUCCACGCCCACGUCCAGCAGACUGAGGCGCUCCAGCAGAUCUGCCGGGAGCUGGUGACCGUGCACCGGGACAUGGCGAACGGCAUGCACGCCAUCGGCCAGACCAUGGCCGAGCUGACCAGCCGCGUCGGUCAGAUGUGCCAGACGCUGACAGAGAUCCGAGACGGUGUUCGGGCGUCUCAGCGGGGCCCCGAUGGGGUCGCGCCCACAGGCUCGACUGCUCAGGCUGAGGCCCCCCCGGCAGAGCUCCCGCAGGCGGCCCCGGCCCCGGCCCCAGCCCCGGCACGGACUACCAGGUCUCGGAAGAGAAAGCACAAUUGCUAGCGCAGCCCGUCCACAGGAGGAGGAAGAGAGACGGAGGAUGGGGGCCCGGCUCCGACACGGGAGCUCGUCUUGUGUCCGGGACUGAUGGCGCCUGCAGGAUACCGGGGAGCCCGCCAUCUCCUCCCCACGUGCAGCUCAGCGGCCCUGGGCUCCCACAGAGUGUGCCCCAGCCCCGCACCCUCGUCUUUGGCCGAGGCUGAAGAGGUGGACGAAGCUGCCUGCGGGCGCUCGCUCGUGCCGGAGAGGCGGCCUCCCCGGGUCUGCACCGCGGCGGCGGGCCUCGUGGGGACGCAGGCUGCAGGAACGGGCAGCAUCUGAAUUGGGAAUCCUGCUUGCCAGCCUCAGGGCUGCCAUAGCCACCUCCCACGCCCAGAUCCUGCUGCUUCCCAAGGGGGUGAAGUUUGAGGACGGGCAGGGGGAGCAGAGCCCCUGCAACGAGGGGCCCGUGCUCUCCUUCUCUGGGGCUCCGAGCGCGCCCAAGGGUGCCCCUGCCUUGGCCUUGCGCUUGCCCUUGCGGUGCGUGUGCUCAGCUGCUGCGCUUGCCUUUUGUGGAGUGGGGAGACGAAUGGGAUGGCGUCGGAGGAAGGAGAAGAUGCCCUGGCAUUCUCAGGGCACCUUCCGCUUUCCCUGCA